AUGUCAAUAGAUUCCGAGUCUCCUUCUAGUACACAACUUCUCUCCUCGUCACACUCCUCGCUGAACGGCAAGAAUUCGUCCUCCGAGAUUCCUAGAAUCUACAAACAUGCAUCGCAGUUGUUUCUCACUCGGAGGUUGGUGGAAGCCUAUGAAGCACUGAAACCAGUUGUCACACCUUCCGGGGAAACCGGCUCGAAUGAUAGCGCCGCGCGGGCGCCAGUCGCAACGGCGACCACAAGCCAGCGAAUAAAGAUAUGGAGCCUAUAUGUCACGCUUCUGAAUUCCAUAAUCGACCUUGGAUGGGAAGAGGGCAAGGAGCAAUAUGGGGGAGAAUAUAACGAUAUCGUUCACAGAGUCCAGAGUGGAGACAUCUGGGAGCAGGUGGUGAGAGAUGGAUACCAGGGCCGCGAAGGCUCUGUCGAUGCCGAGGUGGUUUAUAAUCUGUCGAACUUGCUUCUUGGACAAGCCCCGAACCAGAAAAUCAAUCAAGCGAGGUUGGAAAGCUACCUGUCAUCUUCUUCGCAUCCAGAACUUGACUUGUCGACUCACCUCCAUAACGGCUCGGCAAACGACCGACGGCCAGGCUUGGAUGGCACUAAUACUCCGAAAGAUCUGACCUCUCGCAUCAAGGUCAUCGAACUCUUCACCCUGCACGUCCUCCCGCGGAAUGGGGAAUGGGACUAUGCGAGAAGCUUCCUCACCAACAGCGACAUCCUAGACGACGAGCGGAAAGAGGCAUUCCUACAGACCUUGCAAGAGCUUCAGGACGUCUCGGAAAAAGAAAAGCUUGGACAGGCUGAAAUAGAUGUUUUCGAGGACACCGAGGAAGGAAUGCCAACCUUUACAGCCUCAGGCACCGGACAAGGCGACGAAGCGGAGUCCCAGACACAGUCCAAACCUGCAUUCCGGCACCAGAGGACCAGCAGCGAGGUAGACUAUGGCAUCGAAAAGGAGCAUCCUAAUGGCGCACAUCUGGCACCGCAGAAACCCAACACCACAGUCUCCGACGCCAAACCCCCAAGCAAUCCUCUGACCAAUCUUCCCCCGCAACCAAUGUCUUCAACUGCAGCCUCACACACUUCUCCACUGCCAUCUUCCAAGGCACGGAAUCAACUCUCUCCCCCAGCUCAAACCCCACGUCGGCCUACUCGGAAACCGAAAGCAGCGAACCAAAACACCCUCCUGGCGCAAGCUCGACAAUUAUUCCUGGCCCUGUCUAACCUCGGCCGAAACAUGGCUGGCGCGAUUUCCAAGAACCCCACGAAGUUGCUAAGGUUUCUCCUGUUCGUCCUUGCGUUUCUGAUGGCGUUCAGUCAGAGACAACUUCGUGAGAAGACGAAGAGGAUGGUCGAUACGAGCUGGCAGAAAAUCCGAGGCACAGUGGGGAUGGGUGUCAAGGUCAGCUAUAUUUGA